GAUGGCCUGGGGGAGACUCCCUAGACCGAUUCUGUGCUAAUGGGCCAGCCUCGUCGGGUCUCCCUUCCACUUGGCCAUCUUUCCUGCACCUUCUUAGGCCGAAGAUCCCCCUGCAAGGAAUUCUGGCUACCACAAAUAAAAAGUGCAAACACCGUCUGCGAGUUAGGCGUUUGUUGUGUGUCCAUCCGCGCUUGUGCAAAAUCUCCCAACGUCACCGUCGGCCAUCCGGACAGGCGCGCCCAGAAACCCCGCUCUCUCCCAGGGAUUCCCCUCGCUUAAUCCAGCAUCUUCGUGGAGGAGGAGAAGGGCCCCGGAGCGGAGCUGCCACCCUGUGACCAUGCCCCGGUGAGGGGGCCGGACUUCGAGGGCAACUUGGCGCGCACUGCUGGGGCUUAGCGCGAGGCCAGCGGCCCGGAACUGCACGGCGCGGCCCGGCGGGGGGCUAUCGUCUAUGUCUUCUUGGGGCGCCAGGCGGAUCGGGGUCUCGCUCCUGCAGGAAGAGCCCGGCGCGGGUGGCUUCAGGUGGCUGCUGUCGCCGCCGCCGCCGCCGCGAGUGCCGUUGCCGCCGCACGGACGAGGAGCAGAGGCAGACGAGCGGGGAGACCUCCUGGGCAGCGAGGCACCGGACAUGUGUCAGCACAUCUGGGGCGCUCAGCCGUCGAGCCCGAGGGGAGAUUUGCCGGAACAAUUCAAACUGCGAUAUUGAUCUGGGGGGGGUGACUGUCCCUGGCCGGCUGUCGGGUGGGAGUGCGAGUGUGUAUGUGUGCGCGCUGUGUCGGGCGCCCCCCUCCCCCCCUGUCUUCCCGUCGAGUGAUGCGCCUGGAAUGAGAAUCAGAGGAUGGAAAUAGUCUGGGAGGUGCUUUUUCUUCUUCAAGCCAAUUUCAUCGUCUGCAUAUCAGCUCAACAGAAUUCACCCAAAAUCCAUGAAGGCUGGUGGGCGUACAAGGAGGUGGUCCAGGGGAGCUUUGUUCCAGUGCCUUCGUUCUGGGGACUGGUGAACUCCGCUUGGAACCUUUGCUCUGUGGGGAAACGGCAGUCGCCGGUCAACAUCGAGACCAGCCACAUGAUCUUCGACCCCUUUCUGACACCCCUUCGCAUCAACACAGGGGGCAGGAAGGUCAGUGGUACCAUGUACAACACUGGGAGACACGUGUCCCUCCGCCUGGACAAGGAGCAUUUGGUGAACAUAUCAGGAGGGCCCAUGACAUACAGCCACCGGCUAGAGGAGAUCCGGCUACACUUUGGGAGUGAGGACAGCCAAGGCUCGGAGCACCUCCUCAAUGGACAGGCCUUCUCCGGGGAGGUGCAGCUGAUCCACUAUAACCAUGAGCUGUAUACAAAUGUCACGGAGGCUGCCAAAAGUCCGAAUGGCCUGGUGGUCGUUUCUAUCUUUAUAAAAGUUUCUGAUUCAUCAAACCCGUUUCUUAACCGAAUGCUCAACAGAGAUACUAUCACAAGAAUAACAUAUAAAAAUGAUGCCUAUUUACUACAGGGACUCAAUAUAGAGGAGCUCUACCCAGAAACCUCUAGUUUUAUUACUUACGACGGGUCGAUGACUAUUCCGCCCUGCUACGAGACAGCAAGCUGGAUCAUAAUGAACAAACCUGUCUACAUCACCAGGAUGCAGAUGCACUCCUUACGCCUGCUCAGCCAGAACCAGCCCUCUCAGAUCUUCCUGAGCAUGAGUGACAACUUCCGGCCUGGUCAGCCACUCAACAACCGCUGCAUCCGCACCAACAUCAACUUCAGUUUACAGGGGAAGGACUGUCCCAACAACCGAGCCCAGAAGCUUCAGUAUAGAGUGAAUGAGUGGCUCCUCAAGUAGGGAUCGAAGCCACGAGCGCGGCCCUCGGGGAAACGCUGCAACUGUGAAUGGACGAAGUAACCGAGAAUGGCCCCCUUCUGUCUCUUCCCUCCUGCCUCCCUUCCCCCGGGCCUCAUUCACUCUUGGGAUCUGCCCUUUCUUCAUGCAACUGUCCGCAGACACGUGGCAGAGAACCUCUCUCUCUCACACACACAGCCUCCAGGUGGAGCCAUCAAGUACCAGAACCAAGAGGCUCAUCCGCAAGAGAUCUUCGAAGAAAAUAAUGUCAGUUAAGCUGAUAACAAUUUUAAUACCUUCCCCACCCCACCCCCGCAUACCCGCCCCCCUGAACGGAUCAAUCUACCCCGUGAGACUUCCAGGCUUUGUACAUACAGAACUCGUCCUGCCGUGAGAGAGGAGAAAACGCAGCUCCAGCAGCACCCCGGGGACUUGGUUCUUGGCUUCCCGUAGUCUCCCAACUGCGUCCUGGGAUCCUCAGGGGGUGCUGGUGAUAGAUGCGCCGGGACAAAGCUGGCCAAGGACACUUAUUUCUAGAUUACCGUUCUUCUGUUUACUCAACAAUUUAACAAGAAAGAAAAGGGGGGGGGGAUGGGAAAAAAGGACAGACAUCGAAGAGAUACACAUUGUAUAUAUAUCACUGCAGACUAUAGAGAAAUGGAAUUCUUUCCCUCUUUGUCACAUAUCUGUAGUAGGAUUUGCCAAGAUCGGAAUUGGUCCAUUUGCUGUUUCCUUGUUUUCCAAAGGUCACACAUUGUGUUUGGUUAUUGUCAACAGCUAAAUAAAUGUGUUUAAUGAGUUCACGCCCCCCCUCCCCCUGGCUGGGUCCUUUUCUCCUCCUUCCCAGGCCAAACCCUGGGUGCCCGUACCUGCAUUCUUUGAUUUUGCGUGUUCCUGCAUCUGCGCAUUUGGUUCACAUGCAGCCCGUCCUCACUGAGUGUGUGACCAUCAGGAAUGCGUUUGCUAAGCGAGUAGACCUCUCAUUCCGCGCCAUGCCUCCCUCAGCCACGCAGGUGAGCGACCGAUUGCGUUUCAAAACGGCCAUCCUCCCUCCGUCCCUCCCACCUGCCCCACAUCUGUGAUGCUCCCUUGAAGGAAUGCACUUUGCCUUUUGUCAGUUCCUGGGAAAGGGGUGUCUUUUCUCUCCCGGUGCAGCGAGAGCUCACAACGUCCAAGCGAAUGCCUCUCUUUUCUUGUUUAUAAUGGUCACUCACUGUGUUUGGUUACUGUCGAGAAAUCAAUAAAUGUGUUUAACAAGUUA